AUGUCUUCCAUUAUUGAGACACGUUUAAGUCCAUUUGGAUUGUAUUUCGAAAAAUCAUUAAAAGGUUUAAUUAAAGAGAUUAGAAAUAAUAAUAAUUCGAGAGAACAGCUUAUGGAAUUCUUAAAUAAUGAAUUGAUAACAUAUCAAAAGGAGAUUAAUAAUAUUACUUCAACAAAUACUAUCAACAAUUUAAUAGUUAAAUCAAAUAUAAUAUUGAAAUUGACAUAUCUAGAAAUGUAUGGGUUUGAUAUGUCAUGGGCUAAUUUUUAUAUAUUGGAAAUAAUGAGCAGUAAGAAUUUCCAACAAAAAAGAAUUGGUUAUUUGGCAGCUUCUCAAACUUUUUAUAAAGAUGAUGAUAUUUCAAUCUUGGCGACUAACUUAAUCAAAAAUGAUUUAAAGUAUACCUUCUCAAAUAACAUCAAUAAUACCAACAAUACUAAUUCAGUUUCAACUUAUAAAAUUGGUAUUGCCUUGAAUGGUAUUUCUAAUAUCUGUACAAGCUCCUUAGCAAGAGACAUUUCAGAUGAUUUAGUUUUAAUGUUGAAAAAUAAAAAUCCUUAUAUUAGGAAAAAGACAAUAAUUGCUCUAUUUAAGGUAUUUUUAAAUUACCCAGAAUCAUUAAGGGAUAAUUUCGAUGCCUUUAUUGAUUGUUUAAAUGACUCGGAUUUAUCAGUUAUUUCUACAACAAUUAGUGUUAUUGUAGAACUAUCGAAGAAAAUCCCUAAUUUUUUUAUUAAAAUAUCUCCAAUCUUAUAUGAUCUCCUAAUAAAUAUUGACAACAAUUGGAUUAUAAUUCGACUAUUAAAAUUAUUCACAAAUUUGACCAAUUUUGAGCCCAAAUUAAAAUUUAAAUUACUUCCAAAAGUAUUAAACCUUUUAAACAAUUCAAAUGCCACUUCUAUUAUAUAUGAAUCCAUCAAUUGUAUCUUAAAUACAAGUAUGCUAGAUGCUAAUGAUUUUAGCACUGCUCAAAUUUGUUUAAACAAGCUAUUGGAAUUCUUAAACUCUAAAGAUCCAAAUUUAAGGUUUAUUAGUUGCUCUCUGUUCAUCAAAAUUGGUAAAAUUAAUAUUAAUUUCAUUUUAAAUUAUUCAAAUGAAGUUCUAAAUUUCUUAAAUGAUAUUGACAUUUCGAUUAGAUUAAAGUCUUUGAAUUUAUUAGUAGGAAUUACAAAUGAUGAUAAUUUAAUUGAUACAGUAAACAUUUUAAAAAAUCAAUUGAUUGUAAAUGAAGAAAAAAUCGUAGUUAAUUCAAACAAGGAAAUUAAAAUUUUAAUUCCGAUGGACUAUAAAAUUAAAAUUAUUAAAACAAUAAUAAAUUUAGUUUCUAUAAAUAAUUAUUCCAACGUCCCUGAUUUUAAUUGGCUAAUCGAUUUAUUAUAUGAUUUGGUAUUUAUUACAAAGGACUCACUUACCACAGAUCAAAAAGAGCUUGGUAUCUUACUUGGCCAUCAAUUUAAAACGUUAAUGAUUAAAGUUCCGGACAUUAGAACUGAUAUUUUAGUUAAUCUAAUUAAAUUAAUAAAUUUCAAAGAUAUUGAAAAAAUUCCAAUUAGUUCGAUCCUACCUGAUAUAAUUUGGUCUAUUGGGGAAUUCUCAACUCUAAUUGAUAAUUGUAACGACUUGAUAACUGAUUUACUCAAUUUAAAUUUAAAGGAUACCAAACCAAUAAACUACAUGAUCAUUACUUUAUUGAAAUUAUUUAACAACUAUUGUAAUCCUACUUCCGACUCUUCAAUACCAACAACUGAAAAUAUUUUAAUAUAUCUAAAUAGUAUAUUAGAAUAUUUAUCUCCAUUAUCAUAUUCAAAAAAUUUUGAGAUUCAAGAAAGAACAAAUGAAACAAUGGAAUUUUUGAAAAUUUCGAAAGAAGCAAUAGAAGCAACAAAUGAAAUACCUAUUCUUAUUUCAGAAGUCUUGCCUGGUUUCUUCAACAGCUAUGAUUUAGUUCCUGUAUCACUCGACAUUCAAAGGAACAUUUUUAAUAAUGAGUUAAAUAUUGAUUUAGAUACUCCAUUUCUAUCUUCAGAGGAAAUGGGUGCUAUCAUUAAUGAAUCCUUAUUAAACACGGAUACAUCUGAUAACCAAGUAUCAUUAUUGAAAUCAUUAGAUUAUGACUGGGAUUCUGAUGCAGAUUCUCAUUCCGAUUUUGAAAUUCAAAGUAAUAAAAGCUUGAAUGCUGAAGAUCAUGUUACUGAAAAUUUGUUGGAUGUAAAAGAUUCUAAUAAUCAUGCUGAAAAAGUAGUAAAACAAAAGAGUGAUAAUCCUUUUAUAUUAGACUCAAAAUUGCAAACUAGAUCGGUUCAAUCUACUAAUAGUUUAUUUUCAUCUGAUAACAAACCACAAUCAAACAAUCAUCAAAUCAAAAUAAAUAACUCACUGAAUUCUGUUGUAGAUGAAAAUCCAUCCGAGCCUAAACUUCAUAAAAAGAUUACUGUGUUGACAGAAGCAACAUUACCAAAUUUCUCCUCUUCGACAGGUAUAUUAACAACAGAGAUAAGUUCAUUAUCUCUAAAUCCUGCUUCUACAAAAGAUUUAACAAAGAAAAAGAAAAAGAAAAAUCAAAUUAAUUUAAAUUUACCCAAUAAAUUAGAAAGCUUUGAUUUCAAGAACAAUCAAAUAACUAAUGCUAUACAGGACGCUGAUUUGAUGGAGUUAGAAGAGCUAAGACAAAAAUUUAAAUCUCAGGCUAAUGCUGAGAGAAACGCCCAAGAAAAUAUAAAUAGUGACAAUGAUGAAGUAAUAAUUAUUAAGAAAAAAAAGAAGAAAACGAAGAAGAAGGAUACUGAUGGGAAAGAGAAGAAAAAGAAGAAGAAGAAGGCUAAACCAGCAGUUGAUACUGGUCCCAAACUUUUGACUCAAAACCCUCCGAAUAUUAUUUAA